AGUUCAGAUCCAGGUUUUCCUUUGUACCUUGCAUAUGGAACAUGCAUUGCCAUCCUCUGCUAACCACACUGCUGCAGUAUAGUGGGUUUUUUUUGCAGCCCGAAUAGCAAUCUGGCCAAAGUACAGUGCACAAGAGGAUGGAAUAAAUGUGCUAUUUGAUCACUGGCCUGAUCCUUUUAAAAAAAUCCUUUUCUGCUGAAUAUGCUUUACGUUACUGUGUGUCAGCAAGAAUAGCCUAAAUAUUAGGACUUACUGGAGUACAUUACAUAGGCUUGAAAGGAAGAAUGGAAAGACAAAUGGCUACUGAUGCUGUGGUAGAGUGCCUUCUCAAAGGGGAUUCGAAGAAAUUCCAGAAAAAAGUCAAUCAACUAAAGGAUCCAGAGACGCAGCCACCCCGUUCAUGUUGACCAGGCUGUUGGUGAAGAUGCAAUCUGUGAUCAGUUGGCAGAAUAUUGUAAAACUACUUAAGGGUGUUCCAAAGAACAAGUACAAAGAAAAUUCAUGUCACUCUCCACCACAUGUCCUCUUUCAACUUGGAGGGCGGGACGACCUGGGGCGAGGAUUUCUCCAUGACUGCUGUCAUUGUCACUCUGUAAUUGACUGGCGAAGGAGGUGCAAUUCAGAAUCACAGUGUAACUUGUGUGGUGAGCCAGAAGACCAGCAGUUUUCAUGGUCACCUUCACAGCACUUCAAUGAAGACAUAUAUUCUCCUUCAUCAAGGACCAUGAAAGGAUUAACUAGUAGCCGUACUCAUCCCCAGCUCAGCUCAGCUCACACUUGUGGCCUGAUGACUGAUGACUGUGAGCAUUCUCAUGACCAUAUGCACCAUGGCUUGGAUUCUCGGCAGUCGUACUUGCUCAGCCCAACUGACAGCUGCCAAAUGGACCAUCACCGCUGUUCACCUAGAAGUUCUAUACAUUCUGAAUGUAUGAUUCCAAUGAUGGUAGGGGAGCACAUGUCCAGCAGUACCUUCCCAAGAAUGCACUACACCUCACAUUACGAUUCCAGGGAUGACUGUACCAGUGUCUCGCACACUGGCAGCAAAAUUAAUCGUAUUCCAGCUAAUCUGCUGGACCAGUUCGAAAAACAAUUGCCUCUGCACCGCGAUGGCUUUCAUACACUGCAGUAUCAACGAACGUCCACUGCUACUGAGCAACGAAGUGAAAGUCCUGGCAGAAUAAGACACCUUGUACAUUCUGUCCAAAAGCUUUUCACUAAAUCUCACUCUUUAGAAGGGGCUUCGAAAGGAAACCUGAAUGGCACCAAAGGUGAAGGUCGGCAUUCAGAUGAUUACCAUCAUUCCCACCAUCCCAAACAUGGCAAGAGGAGUAAAAGCAAAGAACGAAAGCCAGAGCCCAAGCAUAAGUCUUCAAUGUCGGCUUGGUGGAGCUCAGAUGACAACUUAGAUAGUGAUAGCACUUACCGCACGGCAAGUGCGAUGAGCAGACAUCACAUCGACCAUAUUUCUCAGUAUUAUCCAGAAAAUCUUCAAGGGGCCUUCAGUGAUCUCACUCUGAAAACUUCAAAAAGCAACAACGAUGUUAAAUGCUCGGCUUGUGAAGGAUUACCCAUGACACCUGAGGGGAAAUUUAUGAAAAGAAGCUCCUGGUCCACACUCACUGUAAGCCAAGCCAAGGAAGCUUAUCGGAAGUCAUCACUUAAUCUGGAGAAACCUCUUGUCCAUCAGGAAAUAAAAUCAUCUCUGAGGCCAUGUCAUUACCUACAAGUCCCCCAGGAUGAAUGGGGAGGAUAUCCACUGGGAAACAAAGAUGAGGAGAUCCCCUGCCGAAGGAUGAGAAGUGGCAGCUAUAUAAAAGCAAUGGGAGAUGAAGAAAGUGGCGAAUCUGACACGAGCCCAAAAGGUUCACCAAAAGCUGCUAGUCUCCAUGAAACACUAAUGAAAGCUGCUGGUCAGAAAGUAGAUCAUCAGAACCAGAACUACCUACAAUCUGCAAUUGAAGUGACCAUCAACCACAGUCUAGAUCCUGCCACCAAUGAGAACUCUCCCAAGUUUCGCUCAAGAAAUCAGAGCUACAUGAGAGCUGUGAGCACGCUGAGCCAAGCCAGCUGCGUCAGUCAGGUCAGUGAAGCUGAGGUGAAUGGACAGUUUGAAUCAGUUUGUGAGUCUGUUUUCGGAGAAAUUGAAUCACAGGCAGUGGAUGCUUUGGAUCUUCCUGGCUGUUUUCGCACACGAAGUCACAGUUAUCUGCGUGCCAUUCAAGCUGGAUAUUCCCAAGACGAUGACUGCAUCCCGUCAAUGUCAUCUUCAAUUAUGGCCUCCUCCAUCAGAUCCUCAACAGCAUUUCCCCUCUACGGCAUGCAGUAUUCUUCGCCGAGAAAUCGGGAACUCAGCGCGUGGGGAGUUUCAGGCAUGGCAACACGUCCUAACACUCCGCAGCAUAUUGUUACUUGCACUAAUUACAAAAAGACCCCGCCACCUGUACCACCUCGAACUACAUCCAAACCAGUGAUUUCGGUGACAGCCCAGAGCAGUACAGAAUCAACUCAGGAUGCAUAUCAUGAGAACCGAGCACAGAGGAGUUCCCCGUGGCCCCAAGAUGGCAGGAUCAUUUACAACUCAAUGGACAGCCUGGACAGUACAAAGGCUGUGAACAUUGCACUGGAGUCAGCCGCUGCCCAGCACCAUGCUAUCAAUAACAGCAAAAACAGUGCAGUUUUAACCAGAGACAAGGCCAUCUUAACCUUAGAUGUGACAAAGGCAGAACAGUAUCUGAAGAAUCAGCGGUCCUCGAUUGGGAUUCAAGUGGAUGCCAUGGAGACAGCAACAGACUCAGACACAGACAGCAGAGGCCUUCGGGAGUACCACUCAGUGGGAGUGCAGGUUGAAGAUGAAAAACGGCGUGGGCGAUUUAAGCGUUCAAACAGUGUGACAGCUAGUGUACAGGCUGAUCUUGAACUAGAAGGAUUUCCUAGUCCAGUGGCCACUGAGGACAAGGCACUUCAGUUUGGUUCCUCAUUCCAGCGUCACUCUGAGCCCAGCACCCCUACCCAAUACACUGCACUCAGAACUGUGCGCACCCAGGGUCCACUGGGCUACAGAGAAGAUUAUCGAACACCCAUUGACACAUCUAAUUUUCCACCACCGGAUCCAUGGCUGGAAUCUACCCAUCAACCAGUGGAAACUGGCCGAAUGUCCCCUUGUCGAAGAGAUGGUCAAUGGUUCAUGAAACUGCUGCAUGCAGAAACCAAGAGGAUGGAAGGAUGGUGUAAGCAGAUGGAGCGAGAAGCAGAGGAGAAUGACCUAUCAGAAGAAACUUUAGGGAAAAUUCGGAGUGCAGUGGGCAGUGCUCAGCUUCUUAUGUCUCAGAAAUUCCAACAGUUUUACUGGCUUUGCCAACAGAAUCUGGAUCCCAGUGCAAUGCCAAGACCUACCUCCCAGGAUCUGGCAGGUUUUUGGGACCUCCUGCAGCUUUCCAUUGAGGAUGUCAGCAUGAAGUUUGAUGAACUGCACCAGCUGAAGGCAAAUGAUUGGAAACCUAUUGAGCCAUUUGAAAAACAGGAGGAAAAGAAGGUUCCGCCGCCAGUACCAAAGAAGCCACCUAAAGGAAAAAUCCCAAUUGUGCGAGAAAAGUCCCUGGACCUUCCAGACAGGCAACGGCAGGAGGCAAGGAAACGGCUGAUGGCUGCAAAGCGAGCAGCUUCCUUUCGACAGAAUUCAACUGCUGAGCGUGCAGAUAGCAUUGAGAUUUACAUCCCUGAGGCACAAACCAGGCUCUAAAGACAAUCUCUUGCCUAGUGUCCUUUUUUCCAUUUACCAUCGGCUCUCAAUAUUUGUCAUGUACAUUUCACAAACCAAGCCCGGUGGAAUUAGUGUUGGGAUUUCCGUGGUAAUUCUUGUCCCAGCCUCCACUGUGUAUAUUUCUUGCUGUUGUGUUCAUUGUGCCAUACAUCACAGUGGAAUGAUUAUAAUUCUGGGUUUUUCAACUCAUUGCAAGAAUUCCGAUAUUCUGUAAGAGGAAUCAAUCCAAGGAGGUCACACUAAUUUUUUUCACUUACUGAUCAAGCUCUCUGAGAAACUACUAAAGUGGAGGUCUUCUCGAGAAAGAUUGUAAAUUCAGCUAACACACUAUUUUCUAUGAAUUGGUUUGCUCAAUGGGUUUGAAGGAAUGGCAAAAAAGUUAAAAAGCCAAUUUCUCUGGAGAGCAUAGUAGGUGCGAACUCGUGAAACCAGAAGUUCCUGGGGUUUCAACAAAAGAAAAUAGGAAGAAUGAAUAAUGUGCCAACAUAAUUUCUUAUCUCUUAACAUUAUAAACGUUAUAAUGUUUAACCAAGCUCCUAAUAAGGGAACAGAAAGACGCUAUGCCCUGUGCUCAGCAGAACUGUUCCCCUCUUAAAACUAUUCAGGGACUGAAUUCCAGUAUGAUUUGGGGGAAGUGUAGGUAAAAAGGUAAGAAUAAUUUCUCUAAAAUAACUCUUGCAGCAUAACUCUGCAGAAUCUAUUGGAACAUAAAAUAAUUUCAUCUGCUGAGGGACUGAAACCCCUCAGUUUCUGAUGUAUUUGCCAAAUGUUUGAAGACUUGAAACAGGGAAAAAAAAAAUUAUUUUCUUGCCUUCUCUGCAAGUGUGCUGAAAUGUUAUGUAUCUUUUAAGUAUAAUGGGUGUGGGGGUGUGAGUGCUCACCUUGCAUGGGUGGCAAAUAUGUGCAAUAGUGAUCAGCCUCAUUUUAAAUGUGUGCCAUUACAAUCGUGCCAACGCAAAGGAUGGAUCUGAAAGAGAGAGACUGAAUGUAACUUCCCCAUGAACGCUUGCCUUACUAUAGCCAGAUACUGAUAGUUAGAGCUUUCAACAAAGGAAAUUCAGCAGUAAUCUCCUGAUAGUAAUCACUCCAAUAUCCCCUCCAUCUAAUAUUCAUGAUGCUCUUUUGUGGGCACUCUUUAUUUAUGCAUAUUGUGUUAACUCUUUUUGAAUUGGCACGCUAUUUCUGUUUUUAUUUUCAUUUAUGGAAAAAGGUGUACUAAAUAUGCUAGCUACAACUAAAAAUGUUUAUAAAUAAUACAAGCUUAUAGUGUGUAUAUUAACUAUUAUUUAUUGAUUUGUUUUGGGUUUUUUUUAUGGAUUACCUUGAAAUUUUAGUAUGUGGUUGGUCUGAUUGCUCCUGGACAAUGUGUGUGUUAUGUCAAUGCAACCAACAAGAGAUUACUUGAUUGUAGGUGCUCAGAUUUUAGUCAAGCUGUUUGGAUGUGGGCAGAGUUUGUUUUACCUAAGAGUAUUUAUCUUUUUUUAAAUUUUUUUUGGUUACUGUGAAGGAAAAAUGGCUGUUUAAAUCCAGUGAUACUUGUGGAAGCACUAAAUUUGUCCACUUAAACCGGCCUUUACAAAUUCAAUUCUGAGCAUAGCGCCCACUCUCGUAGGAUGCCUGACAAUACCACAACAUACACUUGCACCUCAUGUAUGAUUCAUAUUGUUACCAAACAGCCUUAAACUAAAUUUGGAAGCAAAAACAUGAAUGAAUGUACAGC